AUGGAAGAAAAAAUUAAAUCAAAUUUAAUUCAUUCAAAAACUAAUGAAGAUAUUGAAUUAAUUAAACAAAAAUUAAAAGAAGACAGAGAAUUAUUGGAAAAAGAGAGAGCACAAUUUGAAGAGGAAAGAAAGAUAAUAUUUGAAAGUUUAAAUAAAGUAGUUGGAUCAGGAUCAGCCAAUAUAACCAAGAAUAUAGCAAAAGCAUUAAAAAAAGCAGAGAAAAAGAAUGGAGUUGGAAGUAAUUUAAAUUUAGCAAAUAGUAGUAGUGGUAGUAAUAUAAGUGUAUAUAAUAACAAUAACAAUAAUAAUAAUAAUAAUAAUAGUAAUAACAUUGGUACACCAUUUAAUGUACAACAUAAAGUUCAUGUUGAUUUCGAUUAUAAAUGGAGUGGUUGUCAAGAUUUAGAACAAGUGUUUUUAAUUGAUUGUAUAUUGGGUACAGGUAGUUAUGGUACAGUGUAUAAAGCCAUUCAUAAGGAUACAAAUUUCGUUUUAGCAAUUAAAUCCAUUCCUAUCAAAGAAUCUGAAGAGAUUGAAAAGGAAAUUUCAAUUCUAAAGAAAUGUAAAUCACAAAAUAUUGUCUCUUAUUUUGGUUCAGGUCAACAGGGUGAUAAUCUUUGGAUUCUUAUGGAAUAUUGUUCAGCAAAUUCAAUUAGAGAUAUGUUGGAAUUAACUGAAAAAUCUUUAACUGAAAAACAAAUUUCUGUAAUAUUACAACAAGCUUUAAAAGGUUUACAUUAUUUACAUCAAUCAAAUAUUAUUCAUAGAGAUAUUAAAGCUGCUAAUAUUUUAAUUAAUGAAGAUGCAAUUGUUAAAUUAGCUGAUUUUGGUGUUAGUUCACAAUUAGAAGAUAGUUUAAGAGGUGAAGCAUCUCAAUUGGUUGGUACACCACUUUGGAUGGCGCCAGAAAUUAUUAAACGUCAAAAUUAUAAUAAUAAAUGUGAUAUUUGGUCAUUAGGUAUUACAGCUAUUGAGAUGGCAGAAUCAUUUCCACCAUUAUAUACUAUGCCACCAACUAGAGCAAUGUUAAUGAUACCAAAUAAACCACCACCUACUCUUUCAAAACCACAUCAUUUCUCUAAAGAGUUGAAUGAUUUCAUUGGACAAUGUUGUCAAAAGGAUCCAGAGAAAAGACCAUCAGCAAUAGAAUUAUUAACUCAUCCAUUUUUAGUUCAAAAUAUAUCAACUCCUCAAGAGGUAUUAAAACCAUUAAUUGAUGAAUGUUUAAAAAAAAGUAUUAAAAAAAAGAAACAAUCUCCUAAUAAUGAUCAACCACCACCACCUCAAACACCAAAUAAAUUAUCACCACCCGAUACUCCAUUACCAAAUGUACCAGUACUUGGUAAAAAUCAAGGUUUAUUAAAUAAAAGUAAUGGGAUGAAAAAAUCACAUGGAUCAUCAUUGGAUGAAGCAGAAUCAAUGAACACAUUCAUUUUAAAGAGUACCAUUGGUAGUAGUAGUAAUGGUAGUAAUGAUACAGGUGGUGAUGAUUUCGAUUGUGGAACUAUGAUUUUAAAAGAUGAUACUUGUAUUAAUGGUAGUGGUAAUGCUGAUAAAAUUUCAACCAUUCCAGCUUUUAUCGCUGCUUUAAAUAAAUCAAAUGGAAAAGUUAUAACACAGAAUCAACAACAACAACAACAACAACCAAUAGCAUCAUCUUUACAACAAUCAAAUCCAAUUGCUUCAAUUGUUAAUGAAAAUCAAUAUCCAAAUACAAUUGAAAAAAGAGGUUUGUCUUCAAUUAAUUCAAAUAAUAGUUUAUUAAUUGGAAAUAGUGGUAAUAAUAAAUCUCAAAAUUUUAAUAACUUUAAUAAUAAUAAUAAUAACAAUAAUAAUAAUAAUAAUAAUAAUAAUAAUAAUAAUAAUAAUAAUAAUAAUAAUAAUAAUAAUAAUGAAUUUUUAAUAAAUCAAAUUAAAAAAGAAUUAAUUUUAGAUUUUAAUGAAAAUAUGAAACAAUAUAUAAAUCAACAAUUAACAAAUUUAAAAGAAGAAAUGUUAAAAGAAAUUUCAAAGAUUGUAAUUGCAAAUAUACCACAAGCACCUAUUAAAACUUCACAAUCUGUAUUCAAUCAACAAUUAUCUGCUGCUGCUAUAAUUCAUCCAAUUUCUUCAUCAUCAUCAUCAUCAUCAUCUUUUUUAAAUUCAUCUCCAUCUUCUUCAAAUUCAUCUGCUACAAUAUUUAAAAAAUUCCCAAAUCCACCUCCAACCCCUGUAUUAAUAAAUAAAUUACCACCGUCUCAACAAUCUACACCUGUAACAACAACAACAACAACUUCAUCACCAUCACCAUCACCAUCUCCAUCUCCAUCUCCAUCCCCAUCAUCACCUUUACCAUCAUCUUCAACUUCAACUGUAAAUACACCAAAUAAACCACCAAUUAAUUAUAGAAAAUCAAAAGAAUUAGAUUCUACUAUUAAUAUUUUUAAUGGAUUAAAUAAUAAUAAUACUAAUAAUAAUAAUAAUAAUAAUAAUAGUAACAAUAAUAAUAAUAAUAACAAUGUAAUACAAUCACCAAAAUUAAACAAUAGACCUUUAUCACCAACCACACCAACUAAACAAUUUAAUAAUCGUCCACCUUCUCCUUCAAAGUUUAAUAAUCGUCCACCUUCUCCUUCAAAAUUUAACAAUCGUCCACCUUCUCCUUCAAAUAGACCUUUAUCACCAAAAAAUUCCUACAACUCUUUAGAGAAAUCCAAUAAUGGUAGUAUUAGUAAUAAUAGACCUUUAUCACCAAAAAAUUCUUUAGAGAAAUCCACUACUCAAAAUAAUACUAGUAGUGAAGACAUAAGUACUACAACUGUUACAGUUACUAGUGAACAGGGUGGAACACCAAUUACUACACCGAUGGCAUUUUUACCAAGACCAAAACCAUCACCACCACCUAUUCCAAUGAAUAAAUCUUCACCAAAGAGAGCACCAUCACCAUCUUCAAAUAGAAGAUUGUCCUCUUCAUUUACUGCUCAAUCAUCAACAGCCUCCACUAUCGCUGCUUUAGGUAAACAAUCAUCAAUGUCCCCAAACUCUCCUCUCAUUAAAGAAAGAGUUCCUCCACCACUUCCACCACCUAGAACUACUAUUACUUCAAGCACAAAUUCACCAAUUAAACCUCUAUCACCUUUAAAUAAAUCUCCAAAUUCACCAUAUGUACCACCAAGAAUAACCACUUCUAAUAUUAGUAAUAAUAGUAAUAUCAAUAACAAUAAUAAUAAUAAUAGUAAUAGUAGUAGCAAUGGCAGUGGUGGUACACCAAUUACAUUAAAAAGAGCAUCAACUACAAUAUCACCAAUAAUGAUAAGUAGUAACUCACCAAAAGUAAUGGGUUCAAAUGUUAAUAAACCUCUUGCUUUAUCAAGAAACUCAACUGAAAUUAAUUUACCUUCAUCAUCUCCUUCAACCCCUCAAAAACCAAAUACACCUUCAUCAAUUCCAACAACUCCAACAACUCCAACAACAAAUGGUGGUAGUGUUUCAAGUAAAUCUUCAACUAUUGGUCGAAAAACUGUUUUACAAGUAAAAUCUAUUUUUAGUCCAAAAAAAUAA